AUGUCCCAGUACUUUCUUGAUUACACAAGGAAAACAUGGAUCAAUGCACAGAUAGACUGUUUGAAUAAUGGUUCAAAGCUGACUGAGAUUGAAACUGUAGAAGAAUAUUAUUUUGUUAAGAGCAUUGCAGAUGAAAUGGAUACAGACUAUGUUCACAUCGGUGGUACUGACGCUUUUGAAGAAGGAAAUAUGAUCUGGUGGUCAACCUGUCAGCGCGUUAAUCUCAUUCACUGGUCUUCCAAUCAGCCUGAUAAUUAUCUUAACGAUGAACAUUGUUUGAAUCUGUGUAAAGCUGAGGAUUAUAAACUGAAUGACGGCAACUGUCAGUCGGAGUAUCCUUUUAUCUGUGAGCGUAGUGUUUGA